AUGGUUUGCCCUCGUCAUCCACUCCUCAUUGGUUAUGGUUUGCCCUCGUCAUCCACUCCUCAUUGGUUAUGGUUUGCCCUCGUCAUCCACAUUGUUUGCACCACCUACACCCCCCUUCCCCCUUCCCCCUCCCCAUGCGUUUGCACCAUUCCCCAUCAGCCUGGCAGGGUACUGACCUGAUGCACAACCACGUACUGGGGAACAUGGAGCGGUCCAGUGUGGACUCUCCGGGCCACCGUAGCAGCGUGUCGCGACCUGACUUGACUGGCUCAGACCUGUCGGAGGACUCUGACUACGACUCUGUGUGGACGGCCCACAGUUACAGGAUGGGCUCAGUGUCGCGGGCGACGCGGAGUGAUACAGGACUGCAGGUCAUCAUCCCCGGAGAGGAGAUCAUCAUGGAGGAGACGAUGAGCAACAGACAUUCUGUGUUUGGAGAGAAGAGCCUGGAGGAUGUAGUGUACGCCCUGAGGGACGAGGUACAGGAGCUCCAACAGGACAAUAAGAAGAUGAAGAGGUCGCUGGAGGAGGAGCAGAGGGCACGGAAAGAGCUGGAUAAGGUUGUCCGGAGGGUGUCACAGAGUAUGAAUAACCACACCUGGGACGAGACUAACUUAUGAUUGAGUGCAGAUACAUGGUUAUGUGUGUGUGUGUUGAGCUAGGGCCCCAAGUGUUUUUCACUCAGGUCAUGUGGCUAGGAAAUACUCCUAGCCCCACCUAUAAUAAUGAGGAAUGUCUUUGGAUCCAUCCGUGAACUAACAUGGACCUGGAGUGGCGCCGAGCGUUUAAGAGUGUCUGGCCAGUAACCGAAAGGUUGCUGAUUUGAAUCGCUGAGCCGUUCUGCUCUUGAGCAAGGCAGUUAACCCCCAACAACAACUGCUUCCUGGGCUCAGAUGACCUGGAUGUUGAUGAAGGCAGCUCCCCGCACCUCUCUGAUUCAUAGGGGUUAAAUGUGGAAGACACAUUUCAGUUGUAAACUGACUAGGUACUGU